AUGGCAAGUGUGGGAAAGUCCACAUUUAUUAACGCAUUGGUUAACUAUUUAUCAUUUGAGACAAUGGAUGCGGCAAAUAGUCAGCCCAUAUGUCUGAUACCCGUCAGGUUCUCAGUGACUGACCCAAAGACUUGGGGAUUAGUGACCGUAACAUUUGGUGAACAAGAUUUAAAUGAAAACAGCAAUGACUCGACUAAAUCUGCCACACAAUACCCCAAAUGUUAUAAAUUUCAAAACGAUAACAUUGUGCUCAAUAUAAUCGAUACGCCGGGAAUUGCGGACACGGAUGGCGUGGAUAAAGAUAAUACAAAUAUGCAAAAUAUAUUAGAUUUUAUAAAAUUGUUCACUCGUUUGAAUAAAAGCGCCGCAAAUAAUAUACUAUUCCUAUUCACAAACUCCCGGAGCACUCUCUCUAUGCCCGGCGAAUCCGGUUCCGCAUUAAUGAGUAUUUUGAAAAUUUUAAGUAAAAGACCGCCAAAUGUUAACAUCAUUUACAACCGGACGACAACCUAUUGUUUCGAUUCCGAGUCCUUUCGAUAUCUCGUGGCUUCGGUUCCGCCAAAUAAUAUACAGUUUGACCCGAAUUUAAAACCUGCGUAUGUCGAAAGUUGGAACAGAUCUGUCGAUGAAUGUCGGCGUUUAUUUAAUCACAUAAUGCGAAUGCCGGCACACAAAGUGAUGGACACCCUAUCCCUCAAUAAUACCAAACAACUCAUCGCAAUGUUGACCAAACCGUUGGCCGACAUCACGAAGAAUAUCGCGGAUAACAUAAAUCAAUGCGAAAAACAUACGCUUGAUAUCAAUGACUAUAAGGGAUCCAUUGAAGAGCUGCACAAAAAACUAUACAUACCAUCGGUUGAGAUAAUAUCCGUA